GGCUAAUAAUUGAAAUUCUUUUUUCAAGUGCAUUCAAAUGAAGGGUCAUGCCCCUUCCAAAGGGGAAAUAAUAAAAAGGCAAAUAUGUUCCCAUGAAAGGUGAAUUAAAUUUAUUCAGGUAGGGACACACUGACAAUCAACAGUGCACAAACAGAACACCUAACCAAACACCCAAGCUUAUCACCAGAGGAUGGCAGGUGUUUGAAGGAGGAUUACUACCCCAGAGAAAUUUGAUAUGGAUGAAAAGUGGAGGAUAUGUACAACACUAUUUUGAAAUUGAAAACUUUCAAAUUUACUUUAUUUUAGUCAAUGCUGUUUUAGUAGACAAUAAACUGAAAAUCAAAGGCCUGAAGGGCCACGAAGGCGCAGAGUAAGAUACGAAAAUGCAGACAAAACAGCCAAUUAAUUAUUCAUGAUACCGUUAAGCAUUUUGAAUAAAGCAACUAUAAUGUAGCCAUGUCUAAUUUUUAAUCCCCUACCAACGAAGUCGAAGGGGACUUUAGGUUUGUUCGUCUGUCCGGUGUAUCAGUUUUCUGCACUUUUUUCUCUGUUCUUGCAGAUAUUUAUAUGUAUUUGGUACAUUGCUUAAAUACCAUAACAAGUUACAGUUUAAGUUCGAAUUUCGUCUCAUUCCGUGGAUUUUUUGCUUAGUUAGGGUCCUUGGAUUUCGAAAAAUAGCAUGAAUUAUCAGUUUUCUAGACUGUUUUUUGUGCUUGCAGGUAUUCAUUUGAUAUUUGGUACUUGCCUUGCCAUAACAAGUUGCAGAUCAAUUUCAAAUUUCGUCUGGGUCCAUUGAUUUUUCACUAAGUUAUGGCCCUUGGACUUGAAAAAAAUUAGUUUACAUCCAAAUUUCUUAUUUCUGUAGAUAAGAGUUCUACACUCAUUAAAACUUCUAGCAUAGUAAUACAACAAUGUAGCUAAAUUAUUCAUCAUCACCUACAUUUCACAGUUCAUUGACUUGGUUAAAGACCUAAACCUAUUUAUAAAUUUGUUUUUCCUGGUCUAGUCUUUGUACCUGAAUAGUAGUUGAUUUCCAACCAUUCUUAUCCUGGUUCCCAAUUUUCCCCUUUACCAUAACCUACAUGAACUUUGAAUAUUUCUAUCAUCACAAAAACAAGAGUAUUUGUACAACAAAAUACAUUUUAUGAAUAUGAUUUUUUUUCUGGAAUGAUUAAAAACAUGUUUUGUUUGCAAAUAAGAAAUUCUGGAGUUCAAAUGCUGUGAUUUGGUGCAUAAUAUUAUUAUCUAAUAAAACAUGCCUAUAUGACUUGGGUGGGCGUUCUAAUUUUUUAAAUAAAAGUUGAAAACGUUGAUUUUUAAUAUUUUUUUUAAAUCUAUGAAUAAAAUCUUCAAAAAAACAUGUCAGUUAAAAAUUGAAGAGAUAUAUUUAUUAAAACGAGAUUGAAAUGGUCAAAAUUCAGAAAUAUUGCGAUUUUUCAGAUAUGAACCAAGCCCACCCGGAAUUUUUAAAAAGUAGUCAUAGAGAACAUUGCAAUCAGAAAACUUCAUUCUCUUGAUGUAAAAUGGUUUACAAAUUAAAUUUUAUAAUGGAAAGCAAUUUCUUGAUAAAAGUACAUAAUUGUUGUUUUAGUAAAUUCGGGUCGGUACUCUUUUCUCUCGUUUGAUUAAAAUCUAAAAUCUAAACAUAUGCAUAAUUUACCAUGAAAAAAUCCUAUUGCUAUUCCUAUAUAUAUGUAUUAUGACUUCAUAGACUAUUCCUAUAUACCUAUUAUGGUCCCUUUAUCUCAUGUACACCUUAUAUGCAGUGUAAUAUAUCAUAAUAUGAUUUUGUCUGGUGCCAUAUUCAUGCAUUCAAAUCACUGAUUGUAUUUUGAAGAUUAUUGUUUCUAUGGUAUAAUCUAUAAUAUGUGCCCUUGCCUAUGGCAUGUAAAACGUUCCUAUAUUCGAUAAUUUGUGAUAUAUGUUCAAUAUUUUAUGAUGUAUAUUCUAUAUCUUGUGUGGUAUAUUCGAUAAUCUUGUGAUGUAUGUUCAAUAUCUUGUGAUGUAUGUUCAAUAUUUUAUGAUGUAUAUUCGAUAAUCUUAUGAUGUAUAUUCUAUAUCUUGUGAUGUACGAUAAUCUUGUGAUGUAUGUGCAAUAAUUGCAUUAUGGGUAAUAUGAUGCAACAGCAUACUGUUAAAGUAAGGAUGAUUUUCAUUGGUUGGAAAUAGCGAAAGUAUCCGGUGAUGCAAAAUAUGAUACACUAGUAUGUUAAAAAUAACACUGUAUGACUUCUUAGGACAUGUCCUAGACACAGGCACCUGAAGUAUGGACACUGCUUACCCCCACCCCCCCCCUUUUUGUUAUUUUUUGCAGCGAUGAUUUCUCCGAAAUGUGUGGAUUCCCUGCCAACCUCAUCCUUCUUUCGAUUUAUGUAAUCGUUUCACGUUUUUUAUAAGCUAUAGAGAUUGGCCUUCUACUGGUAUCCACAUUUCAGAGAAAUCAUCACUGCAAAAAAAAAAGAAAUUAUAAAAAAAAAUAUAUAUAUAUAUAAAGGGGGGGGGGGUAGUAUCCAUACUUCAGGUGCCUGUGGAGUCAGAACUCGGGGUGGGGGUGGCGGUUAAAUUCAAAAUUUUGGUUCAUUCCUUUCUGUUUUCCUAUAUAUGCAUAAUUUUAGCUUUUGUCAAAGUUUCAUAUGUCUCUGCUUCAUUUUAUAGUAUAGAAUAAGUAAAGAAAUCCUUCAAAAUGAUAUUUUUAAAAUCACUAUGACAAUUUUGGCCCCACCCUGAUAGCCCUACUCUAGGAUCAUGAAAUUUACAAUUUUGGCAAAGGGCUUCCUGCUUCAUUCAGUUUCAAAUCAUUAACAUUUAACAGAAGAAUUACAUUAUUCUUGCAUCACCGGAUACUUUCGUUAUUUCCAACCAAUGAAAAUUGUCCUUACUGUAACAGAGCUGUUGUGUGUCAUAUUACCCACAAUGCAAUUAUUGCACAUGCAUCACAAGAUUAUCCAACAUACAUUACAAGAUUAUAGAAUAUGCAUCACAAGAUUAUCGAACAUACAUCACAAGAUUAUCGAAUAUACAUCACAAGAUAUUGAACAUACAUCACAAGAUAUAGAACAUACAUCACAAGAUAUUCAACAUACGUACAUCAUAUGAUUAUCGAAUAUAGCAAGUUUUACAUGCCAUAUUUACCAGUAAUUGCUCUUGUGCUUGUGCAAAUAAAUCAUUGUCAUUAUA